GGCUCUCCUGCAGCUUCUCCCAGGCGCCGCUCGGCUGUCCGGCUUCAGGAAAAUAAACUCAUGGUUACAAGAGGGGUAAAAAUACUACUCGGGCCGCUCUUACAUCAGAGCGCUCCGUGAUAUUUUUGGGAACUUCUCCCGUUCGCCUCGGAGUGGUUACUGGGUGUCUGCCGCUGCCAGCGCUGGACUGUCGCCUACAAACGAGUCUGCGACGGCACACGGAGUCCAAAGACGGAAGAGGAAAGAAACAAACAAACAAGCAAACAGACGGCGCAGGUGUGCAGCUGUGGGAUAGUUUCAAAAGGAGAGGACCGCAGCAGCGGCGGCAGAAUGACGGCUUGACCCGGUCCGGAGGAGGCAUGGAGGAGACCUGCGAUCACCCAGCGGUGAAGUCCUCCCGGAGAGCCGCUGUGUGGCCCGCGGGGGAGGAUUUGCCUGGCUUUGGAUAAUUGCCACUUUCACCGUGCAAAAACAAAACAAAACAAAAAAACAAAACAAAACGGUGUGUUGGAAACUGAACUGAUUCGAUUUUUCACAGAAGACAUGGAUACUUACAAAAUAGCUUGGUGAUCAGCUGCUUUUCAAUCAGUUGUGUGUUUUUCUUUUUUUCUUUUUCAAUUUAAUGCACUGGAAAUAUGUGGAGCGCGUUCAUGAACGGCAGGGGCGGCGCCGGAGGGGGGUACGUCCCGUCUCAGGGAUGGGAGUUCGUGCCGUGCUCCAGGAUGGAGAGGGCGGACAGGGGCAGGGGCAAGAGCCGCAGCCCGCUGAGGAGGAUCUCCUCCCCGCCCACCGUCUUCAGCCAGAUAUACGAGCCCCCUUUCGGCGCUCCGCCGGGAGGAGAGGCCGGCGCAGGGACCCCGCUGGACAUCCUCCGGGGACAAAUGUGGCCCGAAGCUCCACAGCAGCAGCAGCAGCAGCAAACACAACACUCAAGGCUCAAAAAGAAAUUUGAAGAUUUGAAAAAGCGACACGUGCAGGACAAGGAGGAAUGGCUCAGGGAGAAAGAGACACUGUUGAGAGAAGUGGCUGACAUACAAGGAGGGGAGAACCGGAGGAUUUUGCUGGACCUGAAGACGGUUUUGGAGGAAGUGCAGGCGGAAGUGAAAAGAGAGGAGGAGAAGCGGAGCGAGCUGCAGCUGCAGUAUACCAGAGACAGAUGUGCCUGGGAGCUGGAGAAAGCUGAGCUCAAGUCCAGGAUUGCGCAGUUGGAGGCCAAAGACACCGCGGGAUUGGCGAGUGGGGAGGCCCAGGCUCCAGGUGGUCCUGGCGCCGUGGCGUCAGGGAGUGCCCGGGAACGGUACGGCCAGACGUCGACCCUCCGCAGGGAGCGGGAGGAGCAGCGGAGGAUCCUGGUGGACACGCAGACGGCGGCCAUGGACCUGCGCUGCCGCCUGGAGCACAAUGAGCGCGACUGGUUGAAGGAGAAGAGCGAGCUGCUGGAGAGGUUUGAGGUCGAGAGAAGAGAGUGGGAGAACCAGCUGAAGGACAUGCAGAAGAAAAUAGAAGAGCUUUACUGUGAAGUGAGAGUCAAGCGAGGAGGGAUCAGAUUGGAAGGCGCCAGGCAGGACGACGACGACGACGACUUGACAAACAGGCUGAGCAUCCGCUCCGUCAGCACGGGCUCCAGUCUGCUCAGUGACAACUCCCGCUCCGAGCCGCUCAGCAGCAGCGGCCCAUCGGAGCACAACAUCCACCAAUCCAUAUCUGGCCUGGGUCACAAGAGCAGCAUCAGCAGUGAUGGCGGACACCAUCCCACAUGUUUCACAGUAGAGAGCCUCUGUGAAUUCAGGGCCGGUGCCCAGUUCACUGAGCACUCACAACCGAAGCGUGAGGACGACUCGAGACCCAGAGACUCUUGGCAGAAAGACUCAGUCACUGACGCUGUGGAUACGGCUGCUCUGGAUGCACUUUUCUGUGGAGCUCCUGGAUGUCGAGUGUCACAGGAAUAUGAAGCUAAUAACUGUGAAAAACGUGUCCUUGUAACUCCUCAAGAAAGUCCUCUUUGGACCAGGCUGAGCUGCAGCAUUGACAAAAAGAAGAACACCACUGCUCUCAAUGCUGCCCUGAAGGAGAUUGCCCGUGUGAGCGAGGAACUCUGUAGCUACCAGGAUGAGAUCAGAAAAAAGAGUGGAGAUAAGAGGAACCGGUCUGAAUCUCUGUGCCUCCCUGAAGACUGUGGCAGUGAUAAAACCGGGGUGGAGGAAGAUGCUGCUGCAUGUGACCUCAACCAGAUCUACGAUGACCUUCGAGCCUUGGAGAGGGCAAACUGGAUCACCUUGUCGCCAGAUAACACUUGGCAGAUCAAUAGAGGGCUGAGGGAAUCCUGGACAACAAAUGCCACUGAAGCGGCCAGCGGCAGAGCCACGCAGAUCAGCUCUGGAGUCGACUCUGAAAUGGAUGCAGCAGCUCCACCUAUCCCUCCCCGUACAUCCUCCUGGAAUCUGAGCGCUCCCGCACACCCAGACACAGAGCUUCACAUCCCGGAUUCUCCUGUGGCAACAGUGAGGAAGUGCCACAGUCCCUGCAUUUUGAUGGACAGAAAGUGUAGCAGCCCGUCCGUGGUCAGGAAGUUUGAGGCUAUGCUGCAAGAGAACGAAGGAAAGGUUUUUAUCGACGGUGCGCUGGCAUCGUGCUCUGUGCCUGCUAACUCCAACUGUAAUAUGGGCUGCUGCCACAACCGCUGGUCCUGCGACGUCAGCAAGUUUUCCAACACUAAGCUCUCCACGUAUGGAACUGUCCAGAAAAGUUUCUCUGAAGUCAACAUAAGGAGUGCUGGGAAAGACUUGCUUUCAGAUUACAGCCCAGUUGUUGGAAACUUAAAAAACCCCGAGCUACAAAUGCCCCCGUUUGUCAGAGAUUUGCCUGUAGAUUUGCUCCUAUCCUCUCUGGAAACAGUACCUCUCAGCUCCAACCUCAAGGGGUCCAAGAGAAACAUCAUGCUUGAACAAAAAACAGCCGAGUUUAACAGGACUUUGUUUCAAGCUGAGAUGGGACGUGGGGUAGAGGAACAGAGCAGUUUUACACCAAUAGAUUCCUGCUCUAUGGGUCACCAGUCGGUCUUUGCAACAUCAGAUGAGGUUUUGCCUCCCAAAGUUACGAAAUCACAGCCACUUUGUGCUGAUGUACCCACUGGAGUGGUGGAUGCUCAUCGUGAAGAGACAUUAUGCCUCUUUGUGUCAGAGUCCACAAUACUGAACCCUGAAGAUCAACUAAAGCAGACGAGAUGGACUCAUGAAAAUCAAGCAAUCCAAAUAAAAGAAGAAACUCCUUCUGUAGUUUCUCCUGAACAGUGGCAGGCUGCACCCGGCGAAGCCGCAGCAUCCUCUCAAAGCCCCAUUCAGCACUGUGAGGUUAAGCACAAAGUUCAAACAGCAAGCAGCCCUUCCAGAAAACCACAGCACAGAGCAGCCACAGAAGCUCCUUUCUCUGAGUGUGCCGUGCCUGCGAAUACCCAGCCUGGUCAGUCUGUGGAUGAUUCCAGCUUGAAGAAUGACAAUCCCCAUGGAGCAAAGCCUCAGCCUGCCAAAGCUGGUGUUUCACUCCAGCAGUUGUCUGCUGAGAACAAACAAAAACAGAUGACACAGCCAAGACAUGUGUCUGCUCCCACUUUCCAGUCUGACUCCUCCAGACCCGGGCCCCGAAUGAUGAACGACCAUCCCUGGAAGCCCCUGACUCUUGCUGCGUAUCCACGGCCGGAGGGCUCCAGGUCCAACUACGGAGCCGUAGAAAGGAUUCUGAAGAAUUAUGAGAAUGCGGCUCGAGCACAACAGAACCAGAGUCAAGAGAAUGACUUGCCCUCAAGUCCAAACUUCAGUCUGAGGCAAGAGAAGAACGUCACAGAAGUGGACACAGCGAGACAGACGCAGGCUUCCCACUUCACAGAGACACACACCUCGCUCAGCAGCCACAGUGCCACGGGUGUGAAAGAGAUACAGCUUAUCGUGCAGGAAAACGAGGAGCUCCCUGCAUCCUCCUCUUCCUGCAACCAGAGGAAUUUCUCGAGGCCUGCCCGUCCAGCGAACCGCCGUCUCCCCUCCCGAUGGGCCAGUCGCUCACCUACUUCAUCAUCCUCCGCCUCCUCCUCUCCCUCGAGCACCCCUGUCAUCCCACCAUCCUUCCCCCAACAGAAGCAGACUUCCUCCUUUGCCUACUCACACUCUUUCCACAUGGAAACCGUUAUCAUUUGACCUUCAUCUCACCGUAUGUUUGUACCAACCGGAAGCCUUCAAUGAUAACCUCUGAACUCUGAACCUUCGAUUUUUCUCUUUAUACUGCUGCAUAUACCAAAUCCAAACGGCUUUUCCACCAAUACAGACUCAGAAGUGCUUUAGUCGUGAGUUCAUGUACUCAUAUUUAGAAUGUAUGUGCAUCCAGUGGUGCUUAUAUGACAAAAAGAGCAAGUGAAUGACGUGAAGGACAAUAGGUAUCCUGCAGUAUGGUCUCAGUCACCUUGCAGACGGUACGCCUGCCAUGGAGGACAGUGAAAGUGGGAUUUUAAGAAGAAAGUAAACAUGUCCUCCAUUCAUUUAUACCAACCAUUUCAAUAGAUGGCCUUUACUCAGGUCUGGAUUCUAGCUUCUAUUACUGUACCCUCGCAGAUCUAGCAACCGCAGACCGAUCACUGCCCCCUCUGUUCUCUAUACUCUUAUCUACACUCUCACACUUUGUGGGGAUUAACCUAACAACUUUUAGCGAAGCGAAAUUCAGAAGAAUGUGUUAAUUAUGUUUUUUUUCUGUACAAUUGCAGCAUCAUGUAGAAUUCAGCGUUAACGACAGUGGAGCAGAGAUUUCACUUACUUUCUCAGUAUGCUAAAUACAGCGGUGUCCAUUUCUGCCUUCUUUCAUAUCACACACACCAGGACUGUACCUUGCCUGUGACUGAAACAUGUCUGCUUUACAUUCAUGUGUGGCUUUAUAUUUUUUCAGAAAUAAGCAAAGCAACAUUUACUUGAUAUCAAUGGAUCAAAUGAAAUGUGAGUUCUUUUUUUUUUAUAACUUUGUACCAAAGGCUGGGUUUUUAUGCAUUUUAUUUCAUUUGAAAAUUAAAUGCAAUGUUUAUAAUGGCAUUUGAUUUCUCUGUCAAUCCACUGCUGAUGUU